AUGAAAUAUAUUCUCUGUUUACAUAUAAUCUUGGUGUUGCUCAUCAUCAUUGCUUUUAGUAGUUCAACAUUAUCAUCAUUAGAGGAAUCAUGGACAUUAUUCAAACGUAUCUAUAAUAAACAAUAUAAUUCAAUUGAUGAUGAACAAGCUCGACGAUCUAUUUGGGAAAAAAAUGUUGAAAUGAUUCAAAGACAUAAUUUAGAAGCUGAUUUAGGUAUUCAUACAUACACUAUGAAAGUUAAUCAAUUUGCCGAUCUCACAUUCGAAGAAUUUGUUAAAAAAAUGAAUACAUUGAAAAUAAAUGAUCAAAAGAGAGAAAAUAAAAAGUUUAGUAUUCCAUCAAAUAUUGUUCUUCCAUCAUCUGUUGAUUGGCGUACAAAAGGUUAUGUAACACCAGUUAAAAAUCAAGGACAUUGUGGUUCAUGUUGGGCUUUUUCAACAACCGGCUCACUUGAAGGGCAACAUGCUAAAAUAUCUAGAAAUCUGGUUUCUUUAUCUGAACAACAACUUGUUGAUU